UCUCAGGAUGGUUGCCUUAUAUCUGACGAUUGCUUCUCUCCUAGUGCCUGACGUAGUCUUUACUUCUGCCGUCUCAGGAAGGGGAAACCAGCAGGUUUACGGCGUGCUCAAGAACGGGAAUCGGUGUGUCUGCAAAGUGGAAUUUUCUGACUGGGAGUUUCCAGUUGAAAGAUUCUAUGAGCUGCAAGACUUUUCACAGAACUGUUCCAGCUUACUGCAAGAGAGGUUAUCAGAGAUAACAUUUAUCGAGUCCAAGAUCCAAGCGUUCAUUGAAGAAAUACGGAAUGAGACUGCUCGAAUUAACCAGUUCGACACAGUGCAGAAACAGAGCCUCUACCACCCACUGAACUUCUGGCCCCUUCGUUGGGAAUUGAAGAACAUGAAGUCAGAGUUGGAGAAGAUUCCUUCACCAAAUACUGAGGCACUUCAAAAGGUCACCUCCGAGCUGGAUGAUUCCCAUCGUAGUGUGCUGAGGUUACAGCAGUAUGACAAACAGAACUUAUUGAACAUGAAAGACCUCUUGAAGAAAAUGAAGAACCAAGUAGAAAGCUCUUCUGUUUACGGCAAAUUAAAAAUUGGUAAUUGUACUAAAGGAAUUUUACGUAAUAUCAGCAGACCUUUAGUAGCACAAAUCAACCCAUAUGGUUCAUCAUACCCUUAUGGAGCAUGGGGCAUGGAUUCAAUGCUUGGAAGUCCAAAAUUGUACUGGAUUGUGGCACUACUUUCUUCCAAUAUUUAUGGAAAUACAGUACGAACUUACUCUUCUUACACAGACUUCCUCAUGUUGAAUAGUCAUAUAGAUUUUACGGUGACAUCAUCAUACACCACGACCAAUUCGAUCCAGGGUCCAGGUGUUGUGGUUUAUAAUGGGUCUUUGUAUUAUAACUGUUAUAAAUCUGGAGAAAUUUGCAAAUUUAACCUUAACACAAAGGUUAUAACUAAUGUGAACCUUCCUAAUGCUGGCCAUUCAAACAAAUUCCCGUACUGUUAUUACAAUUGUUAUGGCUACACAGACAUAGAUUUCUCGGUGGAUGAAAAUGGGAUCUGGGUUAUUUAUGCCACUGAAGAGAAUUAUGGCAACAUUGUACUGAGUAAAAUAAGCAGCAUUAAUAUGACUGUGUUGCAGACCUGGAAAACAAAGCUCUUUAAGAAAUCAACAACUAAUGCCUUUAUGAUCUGUGGGGUGCUUUAUGCCACUCGAUAUAUCAAUGUAAAUGAAGAGGAAAUAUUUUACAUGUUUGACACCAUCACUAAUCAAGAGGCCAAAAAUCUUAAUAUCCGUUUUGUCAAAUACUCUCCAAAUGUGGCAAGCCUUCAUUAUAACCCAGUAGAUAGGAAGCUCUACCUUUAUAAUGAAGGCUACAUGAUAGCCUAUAGUAUCUUGUUUUCCUAAACAAUUUUAUUGCAGGAUAUUUACUAGAUCAAAGAUUUUAUGGCAUUAAAAUAUAACUACUAUAACUUCACUUAAGAAUUUUAAAAUGUCCUAGGUCACCUGAAAGCUCAAAUAACAGUUCGUUACAAAACCAAGAGCCAGAAUAUUAAAACUUCAUAUUAAAAAUAGAAAAUGAUCUUAAUAUCCAGCAGGUCAAGAAGCAUUUAUGGUGAGAAAAAUAUUAUUGACAUUUCAUGUAGAUGAACUUUAAUCGGAAUCUGUCUGCAUUGAUGCUGUCCGACCUCCUGAGCAUUUAUAACAUUUUCUGUUUUUGCUUUUUUUUUGCAUUUUCCAUUUGCUUUUUAUAAUGGGUACAGCUGUGGUAAAUAUGAGAGAGAAAAUAAAUCAGGACUUUUAAAUUGAUGACUUCUUUGGAUUUAAUGUAUUCUCCAGCUUUUGCAAUGGCGAUGGAUUCUGAAAUAAACCAUUUGCACUUAUUCAGUGCAUCAAGACACAUUAUAAAGGAAUCAUUUUGGAAAGUACUUACUAACUUUUGCAAUGCAACAGAAAGAGCAGUAUUCCUUUACAUUUAUGCACAAGUGUUAAAAGUUCUGAAAGAUAUUUUAAACUGGAGUCUAUGCACCGAAACUGAAUUCAUAAUGUUAAGAGAUUUUCAGCUACACUUUAACACCACGAUUGUGUGAGCAUUAGGCUGGACAUAGAGAGAAAAAGGUAGUUCAACAAAAUAAAGCACACGCAGUAGCAGGGGAGAGUCACAAUUUAAUACUGAUCCUAAACUAAGUUGAAGGGGAACAUGAUUUAUCUCUGUAAACAACAGCAUUUGAUUACAAGAUGUAAUUUGUUAUGUCAGCAAUGAUAAGUUCCUCACAAGUCACAUUUCAAAGAGCAGAAUGUAAAAAUUAAAUAUUGCUUAAUUAUUAUUGUCUUGCUUAUUUGUAUCUCUAAAAUGAGGCCUCUUGAAAAAAGCAUGUAUUUAUAUUUGUUAAUGAGAUGGUUCACACAGCACAUUGAAAUGAUCUGCAUUGUUUCGUAUGAACUGAGGCCUGCAUCUUUGAAUACUUUGCUUUAUUGUGACUGAAUAAAAUGUUUUAUUAUAUCUAAUUGU